AUGAGAGUAGUGCCCGAACAAUUGGUAUUCAAAGCUCCCCUUAACGAACAAUCAACGGCGUAUAUAAAGCUCGAGAAUGAUGACGAUAAGAGAGUAAUCUUUAAAGUGAGGACUAGUGCUCCCACGAAAUACUGUGUGAGGCCCAAUGUGGCCAUCAUAGGGGCUCAUGAGAGUGUAAAGGUUCAGAUUGUUUUCCUCGGAUUACCGAAAUCUGUCUCUGAGCAGGAAAUCAAGCAAAAGCAGGAUAAAUUCUUGAUUGUGACGCUUCCUAUCCCAAAAUCUUACGCAGAUAUGGAGGAUGAAAAGCUACUAUCGAAUUGGCCUAACUUGGAAGAACAAUACAAGGAUGACAUAAUCUUUAAGAAGAUCAAAGUAUUCCACUCCGCGUCACCGAGACGAAACCCCUCUAGUAAUCACGGCUCAAAAAUAUCAAGGAUGUCACCAUCACCUGAUGACAGACAAGGUUUGAGCACCAGCACGUUGGUUAUCAUGGCUCUAAUUGCAUUGCUCGUCAGCUGGAUAUAUUACUAA